CCAUGACGUCGCUGCCAUGGCAACCGAGGAUCCCACUUUCUCUGGCCCAAGUAGGAGCUCUCAUCCCGACCGGGUCAGCCCACGCGGAGCCCAGGACAUCUGGGGCUGCACAGCCACCAUGCCCAGCGAAACUCUCUGGGAAAUUGCAAAAGCUGAAGUGGAAAAAAAGAGAAGUCAUGGAAGCGAAGGGGACGGAGUGGAAAUUGGAGAAAAAUCCGUUUUCUUCAUUGGCAGUAAAAACGGGGGAAAGACGACUAUUAUUCUACGGUGUCUUGACAGGGAUGAGCCAGCAAAGCCAACCUUAGCUUUGGAAUACACGUACGGAAGAAGAACAAAGGGACACAACACACCAAAAGACAUUGUUCACUUUUGGGAACUGGGUGGAGGAACUUCUUUACUGGACCUAAUAAGCAUACCAAUCACAUGUGAUACCUUGAGGACAUUUUCUGUUGUUCUUGUUUUGGAUCUUUCCAAACCUAAUGAUCUUUGGCCCACCAUGGAAAAUCUGUUGCAAGCUACAAAAAGCCACGUAGACAAAGUGAUAAUGAAGCUGGGGAAGACAAACUCCAAAGCAGCCUCUGAGAUGAGGCAGAGGAUGUGGAGUGUCAUGCAGAAGGACCAUCCGGAUCGUGAAUUAAUUGACCCAUUUCCAAUACCUCUAGUCAUAAUUGGAAGUAAAUAUGACAUUUUUCAGGAUUUUGACCCCGAGAAGAGAAAGGUGAUAUGCAAGACGCUUCGGUUUGCUGCACAUUAUUACGGAGCCUCGCUGAUGUUUACCAGCAAAUCAGAAGCUCUGUUAUUGAAAAUCCGCGGUGUUAUCAACCAGUUGGCAUUCGGUAUUGACAAGAGCAAAUCAAUAUGUGUGGAUCAGAAUAAACCACUGUUUAUCACAGCAGGACUGGACUCUUUAUGUCAAAUAGGAUCCCCUCCUGUUCCUGAUAGUGACAUUGGAAAGCUCCAGGCCCAUUCACCUAUGGAGCUGUGGAAAAAGGUGUAUGAAAAGCUAUUCCCACCAAAGAGUAUCGGCACACUGAAGGCGAUCCAGGACCCUGCCCGAGAUCCACAGUAUGCGGAGAGCGAAGUUGAUGAAAUGAGAGUUCAGAAGGAUCAGGAACUGGACCAGUACAAGAGAAAUUCUUCCAAGACCUGGAAACAAAUUGAGCUGGACCCUUGAGUCUGGUCCAGUAUUGUGGGCUUAUGUCUUCCUUUCCACUUCAAAUAAGAUUAUUUUCUCAUCUUCUGUGGCAACAUGUGAAGAAAGUUGAAAUGUAUAAUGUAUUAGGGGAAAUCUAUUUCUUAUUCUGGUACAACUUUGUCUUUUAGAGAGAAAAUUUU